AUGGACGACAACGGAUUUGAAGCUGCUCUGGAGCAAAUCGCAUCUUUGCUUCAAAGACCAGACCAGCUUGAGAAGCUACCACAGAUGCGUAAAAGAGCUGACAGGAAGAAGGCUGCUGUCGAAGCAAUGCUAAGAACGGGUGUUCAGUCACAGUUGGAGGGUAUUCGAUCUGCUGUUGCACACCUGCAUACUGCUGCAGAAGAUAUCAACUCCAUCGAAACAGGAAUUGCGGCCAUUCAUCAACGUUUAGCGCCCUUCCCUCAGCUAAGAGAAAAGAUGAGAGAGUUGAGAGACGCUAAUGCACGUCACGGACAGUAUGCUGCCGCUAUGGAGAAUUUAAAGCACAUCUUCAACAUAAAUCGCACGAUUCACGACACAAAAUUAGCUCUGGACCAAGGGAAAUUACUUGUAGCUCAUAAGAGUAUUAUGGAUUUGGAAUUGGCUAGGGACGAGCUAUUAUUCGAAGUGCAUAAGUCUGACUCCUCAAAUAAAGACUAUGAGAAAAAUCUUCUGAUAACAUUCUUCAUAAAAGUGGACGAAUUGGUAACCGAUCUGAGCAGUAAUAUGUGGUUUGUUAUUGGUCGUGCUCUAGAGAUGGUGAAGGGUAGUGAAAGUGGCAAUGGACCACAAGAGCUGGUCUCUUGUAUCCGAAUUGUCGAACGUGAAGAACGAAUCGAUAAGUAUUAUGUGGAAAAGAAAAGUCGUGAUAAUGCAUUCAUGCCACCUGGUCGACCACGAAACUGGAGGAAGAAAACUUUCGAGGUGCUUGAAAAGACUGUAUGGAGUCGCGUUGAAGGGAAUCAAUUAGAAGACCGUACUUUGAACAAGGCUUGGCUGGCAAGGUUUGAUAUCUGGAAGUGUGUCGAAAAAUUUAUGAUAGAUUUGUUCACAUCUACUUUACAGCUUCGAGAAAUAGCAGCAGAACGGUUGGAAAAGAGUGAACUUGUUCAGUUGCUAAGCUGGAUACAGACUUAUGGCGGAGAAGAACUAUUGGGAAACAGACGUCUGCAGAUUAACGCAUCUGCCCUGUUAGAAGAUAAUCCUGUACUAUCGAGAUCUUCAUUGAGCUCGUUAUAUAACAGUUUCAUAGACAUGACACGAAAUGAUAUGAAGAAUUGGCUAGAAAAAGCAUUGAAUGUAGGGCUUUUGCAUGACUCCUCUGAUUGGAAUAAGCAUGUGCGACCGGAUGAGGACAAUUUUGGUUACUUUUAUACGAGUUUACCCAACAUUAUGUUUGGAAUGCUGAGAGAUACGGUAACACUUGCCAAAGAAGUGAGUAUCGAAGUGAUUCCAAGCGUCAUAAAUUUGGCAAUAGAAGAAUUUUUUGCCUUCGCUAAUCGAUAUAAAGACGCAUUUACUUCUUAUCGUAACAAGUAUUUUGAAAACCGGAAUAAUUUUCGGGAAUUCACGUCUACCAUGAUAGCAAUUGCAAACAACUUGCAGACUUGUAUUGAAUCCACAGACAGAUACAUUUUACAUGGGUGUUUUAUAUAUUUUCAUGCAAAGAUUUUUGUUGCUGGUCGAAGAGCAAUAGGGCGUCAGCAAAUCAUAGACAACAUUGACCGACUGAACACAAGAUGGAAUAGUGCCGUAGGAGUGGCGGUCAAUUUUCUCCUUGAGGAGAUCUGUGAAGAUUUGCGUCCACACCUUGCCGAAUUAUUUUCGAAAAAAUGGCUUGUGGGGUGUUCUGCUACUGAAACGAUUUGUAUGACAAUACAGGACUACUAUGUUGAUCAUCGUCACCUCCGUCCGGCGACGCGUUGUGCUCUUCUGAUGGACUUACAAUUCAGGGUCGUUGGAGAAUAUUUAAAAGCGAUAGAUUCACGUCGUCUGACAUUUGCCACAUACGAGGAACGGGCUGCAGCUGGGUCCCGAAUGAAAGCAGAUUCACUACGACUGGAAGGACUUUUUCAGCAACUUCUUGAUGAGGAAGAUAUCAGCGAACCUUUUUCACUCAUCUGCUCGUUAAUUUCUGCUUGUGGAGAAGUGAUCAGUCUUCGCGACAAAUCGUUACUUACACUUGAAGUGACAACAUUCAGUAGAAAGUAUCCAAACUUUCCUGUAGAUCUUCUCGCUGCUCUUCUUGCUAGUCGUGACGAUGUUUCACGCAGCGAAGCGAAAUCAGUAGCCGAAGAAGUGAUCUCUCAUGUGCAGUUUCAUCCGAAAGAUCGAGUUCUGGACCAGCUUUUUGCGUCUGUUGUUGGUCGUAGUGAUUCCUCAUCGUGGAAGCCAAAUCUCGACAUGAUGAACAUGCUCUCCGCUUUCAUGAGAAGGGAUCAACCAUAA